AUGGUUGGAAAUAUAACUAAUAUUAUUGAUGGCAAAGAAUAUAUAAACUCUUGUGGCAAGUCCUCAAUAAUAAAUCCAACCCAUAAAUGGAACGACUUAAAUUUUGCCUCCUCAAUGCACAAUAACAAACAGUUAUCAUUAUUGUCAAAAGAAAAUACUUUUUCUAUAUCUAGAAAUAAAAUAAAACCUAUUGUUAAUUCUUCCACUACUCCUACUAUAAUACAAUCUACUUUUGAUAAAAAUAUUGAAAAUUUAUCUACAUACCAACAAAAUAUACCCAUUAUAUCUGUAUUAAAAGAAACUACAAAUAUAAAUUUUGACAAAAAUAGUGACAUAACCAAUAGUUAUGUUAAAACUAAUCCUACUCUAUCAUCAAUACAUGACAUUUUAAAAGUAGAAAAACUUCAACAAAAUAAUUUAAAUAUUAAUAAUAUAUUAGAAGAAAUUAAUAUUAAAAAAGAUUAUUUACCAUACAAAAUAUCAAGUACAAAAUCAAAUAAUACUAAUAAAUUUUUUGACAAUAAUAUAUUAUUUGGUACUCAAAAAUAUUAUUCUACUAUUAAUAUUUCGCAAAAAGAAAACCCAUUUAUUAAUUUAACUGGUGAUACUACUUCAUCAAAUAUUAAUACAAGUAAUAAUACUAUUGAAAAUAUUUUUAAUUCAAAUAUUGAAAAUAAAAAUAAAGAAAAUUUAUCAGAAGAUAAAUCAAAAAAGUUAGUACCAAUUUCUAACGCACCACAUAUUGUAGUUUCUGAAGAAGCAUUAAGAGAAGAAAUUUAUUCACCUAACUGUUUAUCUGCUCUUUGUGAAAUGUGUAUUUGUUGUUGUUGUGAACCUUAUAGAUUUGUCAUUGCUAUGACAGCAUUUGAAACAUUUUUUUCAAUUUAUUGGUUUUUAAAUCAAAUUGGAAUUGUUUUUAGAGGAGAUUAUAAUUUUGAUGCUCUUAAUAUUACAAUUUUAAUUUUAUUAACAGGAAUGGUAAUAAUUCAAGUCAUAGGACUAGCUACUACUAUAUGCGCAAAAGUUAAAGGUGAAGCAAGAUUUUUAUAUCCAAGAAUAUUAAUACAAACAGCAUUUUGUUGUAUAUCAAUGUUAUCAUUUUUAAUAUUACUUUUAUAUUUUACUGGAAGAUCUGAUUCAAUAAAUAGAUGGUUAUCUUCAAAAUAUAUGAAAAUAGUAAAUGAGGAAAUGGAUUUAGAAAGUCGUCAAGAAUUUGAGUCAGAUUUAAGAGUAUAUAUUAUUGUUACAUUUAUAUCUUCUGCAAUAUCAGUUAUAUAUUACUUUUUUGGUUUAAAUAUGACUAUGAAAUGGAAAAGAAGUCUUUUAGAACAGGCAGCUUCUAGAGCUUAUGCUAUACCAUCUGAAACUGGUGGUUAUAUUCCUGUAUCACAAGAACCAACUGCACCACCACCACCACCACCAACAAAUCCUAAUUUCAAUGAAUAA